GACUGCGCAUUUUUCUCAGACUUUCAUCGGAUACACUUGGUCCCCAGUUGUACCGAACACUGACCAAUAAACUAUUAGGUAUUCUGUCUAGCUACCCGUUCAUAGGGACUGAAAAAGUCUUCAUAUCCACAAAAGGCAUGAAUCACAAGUGCGUCGUUCGGACAUUGGCUACAGUUGCUAUUUUAUUCUUGGUUGUGAAAGAAAGCAAAGAGAGUGACCUAGACCCCUCGGAAGAUAACGUGUGUUCUGAGACUAGGACAAGGUCAAGCAGACUGAAGCGUUUUGUUCACUGUGACGGUGUUUGCAGUCRCAUGCCCUAUGGUGGCUCCUGGCGUAUUUCUGGUGGCUCCACAUCCCUUAGAACUACAGAGACUUAUACUCACUACUACUGCUGCCCAGGAUGGCUAAAGAGUGGACGUCACUGCUCAAUACGUGACCCUUGUCCCAAAGGAAGAGAAAACUGCACCGAUUUUCCAAUCAACCACGUUCCUAAGCCAUCUGUGUCAUACCGUAAUGACUCUGCUGUGCCCAAGUUGGAGAUGGUUUGCAGUUUUGACUUUCCUGUGUGGAGGAACGUCUCAUACCUGGUUGAAUGGUAUGGAAGAUCAACUAAACCUGUCAAGAGGGACACAUGGUGUGUUCCAGACAAGCCAGCAGAUGCUCAGAAUGAUUGUACUCGAAGACAAAGUUCCAUUGUACUUCCAGAUCACUUUGCAUUAGGCGACACGGUAUGGUGCAAACUUUUCAUGAAGUUCUCUACAAAAAAGACCAAUAAAUGGACAGCAACAGGAAAAGACAGUAAUCAGUACUACGUGGGAAUCGAGGUUUCUCCACGUCACGUGAUUGUCAAAGAAUGCAACGUAGCAGAGAACAUAACAGUUACCUUAAGGCCAACUGUUCCUAUUUUACCCACAAUGAAUGUCCCUGGAUCUGACAGUGUAGUGGUGUCUGUGUUGAUACCCCAAAAGUACAAAGCACAAAGAAGACAAGCUGCAGUUGACAAAUGCCAUGUUGAACUGAAGACACAAGACAUAACUCGUGGUAAAACAAUCACGAUUAGAGGAAUCUGUGACAACCAACAAGAUCAAAGACAAAGCUUUUCCUUUCGUUUCAAACCGCAAACCACGAGCACCAGUUGGUCAGAUGUGGAUAGCUAUCAAAUGCCAGCAGUGAAGGUUACAGUGGAUAACACAGAAACACGAUUGUGCCUAACUACCACCGAUCCUAAUUUGUUUACAUUUGACAAAAGAAAAUAUUUCUAUAACGAGAUGGGUGAUUAUGUCAUGUACAGCAACGAAGCAAAGAAAGUGCAAGUUCAUGUUCGUCUUUGGAUAUGUGCUGGCCAAAUGACUUGUGUAUGCGGUGCAGCAAUACGAGAGGGAAAAGACGUCAUAGUUAUAUCUAUGUGUAACAAAAUGAAAAAUUCAAUGCCUACAAUACUGAGGACUUUCAAACGAAGUCCUGGAAGUCUAUCCAAAGGAAUACAAAUCACUAAGAAGAUCAGUGGUUCAUCAUUGGAGCAGGAGGUAAUUCUAUCUUCGGGUAUAAGAGUCUCAGUAAAACGUUCUGGAAGGUCACUGGAUGUUCGUAUCAAUGCACCAUCUACUGAMAAGGGAAAAGUCUUGGGGCUUUGUGGUAACUUUAAUGACGAUCCGGAAGACGAUUGGAACAAAGGAGGUGAUGGUAAACCUCAUGAUAAUGAAAAACUAUUUUCAGCAAGCUGGCGUCUUAAGGAAGGGAAGAGCUUUUUUGAGGUUCUCCCUGAACAAGAACUUGAAGAGCAAGUUGAACAAGGGAGAUCCUGCUAUUGUGGCAUCGAAGGYGAAACAACACAGGAUGAAAGAUGUGAUGACAACGCAAAUCUUUUUACAAGAAUCGACGCUACUCAGAUAGAAGUACUUAAUACUCAAAUAAAUGACCAGUCACACUUUGGUAUGAAAAGAUCUGUAGACAGUCACUGGUAUAGUGAUGACAUCAUUGAUCACGUGGAACGUAGCUACUAUGUGGAUGAUCUUCAUGUACAACUCGCUGUAAACCGCAUACGAAACAAGAGAUCACCGAUAGAAAUCAUACCAGAAAAUAAGGCAACCGAGUAUUGUAAAAUACAAAUUGAAGAAACAAAAGCAGGAAAGGCAUGCAUGAAGAUCUCGGAAACCAACUUAAAAAAUGCCAUGAUACAGUGUGUUAACGACUUAAAGUUGUCAGGAGACAAGACAUUUGCAGUGUUGGCAUUUGACACCAUGAAGUACAUAUGUGAAGAUACCACAUUAAAGAACCUUUCACUCUACACUCAUACUGCAAGUGGUGACUUAAUGCCUCCCAGAGAGGUAGUAAAAGACUUGUGUCCUGCAGACUGUAGUGGACGUGGCAAGUGUAAGAACAGAACCUGUAUAUGUGAGGAAGGCUAUACUGCACUGGACUGUUCCAUGAAGGUUAAUUCAGUUCCUGAGUUGUUGGGGAUUUACAAUAGUGGACUCUGUGAUAUACGAGAACGACCAUGUAAAAAGACAAAUAUCUUGGGUCAGAACUUUAUCAAAUCAAAGAACCUAACAUGUCAUGUACAGGAAGAAAAGGUUUAUCAAGGUACCUGGUCUCCUCGUGGAAUUCCUKUCACAUCACAAGGGAAAAUGACUGAUCUGUUUGGYGUACAGUGCAACCUGCCUGAGCCUCCGACUAGACUUGGUGACUACGAACACGAGAGUACCCCURCUGGGGGACUUUUGAUYUCGAUUUCUAACGAUGGAUUCAAUACUAGUGUUCRACGACUGCGUCAUSUGACUUACGAYUCAAAGUGCAUGAACUGCAGUAAAUCAGGAAAAUGUGAAUUUAAGGUACGUAUUCAAUUGACAAUGAGGCUAAUCCAAUGCAAGUUUUGAAGCAAAUGAUAGGAGGAGAAAACCCGGCCUGUUCAUCAUAAAUACGUAUAGAGGAGUAGUAAGUAUCUCGCCGGUGAGCAUCUGGUGCUGUUAUUCUGCAAGUGUCGAAACAAUGGUUUAGUAAAAUCGAUACCCGUCCGUCUUUCACAGAUCUGAAUUUGUCAACUUCUCGAAAACAGUAUUUUGGAAUUCAGGCUUUAGCAC